UGUCAAAAAGAAUGAACGGUUUGUUGUUAUUUAAUACUAAUCAAACUAACUAUGGAACUAUAGUAGUCCUUAUAAGAAAUCAGAACUAUGUGUUUUAUAAAUAGAAGUGUAACAUAAGAUUUUUUAUAAACAAUGUGUACGAUACCACCAGCACCUCCUCCACCUCCACCACCUCUUCCACCCAGCUCGAGUUCGCCACCAAAGCUAUCAGAUUUUUCACCUACUUUUAGCUAUUCAGAUAUUUGCGAAUGGGCAGCCCAUGAACCGCAGCUAUGGGAAGUUUGUGCUAAAAAUGAUAUAUGUUUAAAUGAAGCUCCAUUUCAGUACAAAUAUAAAAAAUUUGAGUCUAUUAUGCAAGUAGGACCAACUUGUGGAUUAGUUGCUUUAUCUAUGUUAUUAAAAGGAAAGGUCACACCUGAUGAGCUGCUGAAUAUUACUAAAAUAGAAGGUUACAGUAAUAACGGAGAAAUGUUCAGUUGCAAUAACAUGGCUAAGUUAGCCGAAAAAGCCAUUAAUUUGGCAGAAACUAAGAACUUAAACUGUUAUGUAAAGACUGGUGGCUUAUUUAAUGAAGAAGUAAUACUUGAGUUAAUAAAUGGUGCUACGUUACUGGUUGCAUAUGAUGCAGACUGUAAUCAUUCACCAUGCUUACGUAAUGGUCAUACAGCUCACUGGGCCCUUGUUUGUGGUAUAGUUAUAGUGAAAGAUCCUGGUCACAGCUACGUUGCUGACCCGAGCAAUAUCUUUGUACUAUGUAGACAUGGAAAGUCAAGAUAUCUGUCAGCUUGGACUCUGGAUGAAUUAGAUAAAAGUAAUAAGAAUUUAUGGGAGUUUUCACCCAAAAAGCAGGAAGAUGGCAUAUCAUAUGUGCUUCCUGAAGGAGGCAUUGGAGGUAAAAAUGGAUUAAGAGACAAGUUCUUAUUAUUCAAGGGUUUAUUAUAAGAAAUUGUAAUUUUAUAAAAAUAUACACUUUUUAUGCUGUGUUUAUAUUCUGAUAUUGCACAUUUUACAUGCUGAUAAAUGACUGAUAUAAAUAUGUAAUUUAUAAAUUAUAAAUAAAAUAUUUUUUAUAUAGAAAUAUAUAAUCCAAUAACAUCUCAUAUUAUGUAAAUGAUGAUACUGUAAGUCAUAUCAAAGCUAUUAUUUAAAUGAUUUUCUUACCAAAUCAAAUAUGUAAAGGAAUAUUUAUUUACAGAACGAAGUUUAUUUAGUUUAAAUUCAAUAUAAAUAAAUUGCAGUGAAAUAUUUAAAAAAAGAAACAUCUAAAUAAAUAAUUUUACUAUUUUUAGUAUUCAAAAGGAAAUAUUAAGACAUCAUUGUUAAAAUAUAUGUAAUUCAUAAUACCAAAACUCAGGAUAGGUUAGGAUUCAGUAAAUAAUAACAGAAUCAUAUAAUGCAAAAUUUUAUUUGUACAAUAAAUACAAAUCAUACUGCAAAUAGUGAUUAAAUAAUAAAUCUCAUUUUUUUGCAUAAACAUAUUGAAGUGAAAUAACUAUCAGAUAGACAAAUCAAUCAUCUGUUAAAUAAGUGACAGCGAGACAUCCUUUUAUUGCACCUUCACUACUUUGAAAUGAUGUAUAAAAUUGUAUUAUAAAUAACAUAAAUGUAAUAUACUUUUGUACUAAAUAAAUCAACUUAACAACUCUCCGUUAAACUAAAGAAUAUUAAUGCCAUCUAUUCUGGCAAAUUAUAUUUGUGAUGAUUAAUAAUAAUAAUAAUUGUUAUCGAAUAAAUGAUUACAAGUUGCAUUGAAUACCUUCUUAUAAUACAGUUUAAUUAAAUCAUUCUAAUAUCGGCAUACAGCUAAACAAUUAGAAAAUUUUAAUCGCCAAGUCAGUCAGCAGUUAUGAGAUCAAAAUUAUACUAAAUAUAUUUCAUAGCUUAUUAUCAAAGUACACUAUUACUAUUAGAUUGAAGAUAACAUAUAUAAACACCGCUGUUA